AUGACUUACUCGUCGCCUCUGCCCUCGUUUUCGUCGCCUGCGUCAUCGCGUCUCCCCACGGUUAGACGCGCAAGUUUCAGUGGUCAAUUGGCUUUUCUUGUCCAUUCGCAGGAAACAGUUGCAAAUCACAUGCCUCCAGACGUCGACAACAAGGCUCUCGCUCGUCAGAAGCGAAGACGCACAAGCAAGGAAGACGAGGACAUACUCAAGUCCGAGUACCUGAAGAACCCCAAGCCCAGCAAAGCUGCCCGCCUAGAAAUUGUAAAAAAGGUCGCGCUUGGCGAAAAAGAGGUCCAGAUCUGGUUUCAGAAUAAACGCCAGAACGACCGUCGUCGCUCGCGGCCUCUCGAGCCGUCUUCCACCGCAUCAUUCAUGUCGUCUUCAUCAACCAUGUCGGACCCGCCCACCGAGGAUGAAGUAGUGGCUGUUGCGCGCCGUAUCGAUAACGCGCUGGAGCCGCACGAGUCGGACGAGUGCCCAAAGUCCGAUCCACCAGAGCAGCCCGCAACCCCCGAACUGACAUCCGACGAAACCAUCCCAGAACCGCGCACCAUCGACACAGCUAUCUCCCCGGCUGUUGAGCCAGAGAACGCAAACGAAGCACCUGUAGAGCCUUCAGCCGAAGCACAGACAGGGAUAGCUCCUCCCCAGACCACCAACUCUCAGCAAGCCGUACCAUUGUCACAAGCUACCACACAAUCACGCACAUCAUGGAUUUCCAACCGCCGCAGUGCCUCAUUCGUCCGAUGCCUACAAGACUACACCCCUGAAGUCAUCACCUUCCCGAAUGCUCCGCCCAGGCCCCUGGAAUCACCCGAAGCCUCAACAAAGACCCCUUCACGUCCACUGAAACGCACACACUCAUUUAUGCGCUUAUCGACAAACGAAAAUGGUACCGCCCGCAUCGUCACCGACUUAGAUAAGACGCCUUCACCGCCCAAAUCGAAGAAGACUCCAUGUUCUUUUUCUCGUGCUGCGGCUGGCUUUCGACGAAGUUACAGCGCAGCAGGCUUGAACGAUAGAUUGGCUGCUGCUGCACGAGGAGAGCCAAGCCCAAAGCUACCAAGGACAGGAUCGAGCGUUGGGAGGAGUAGAGACUCGCGUGCAUGGGAGUUUUGGUGCGAUCCUGAAGCCCGGUCUACAACAAGUCUUACUGCGCGUGCAGAACAAGAAGAGAGUGGAAGUGCAGCAGACGCGAUAGGCAUACUUCGCGCGAACCGAAGAAUACUGGCUCAAAACCAAGCGCGUCAAAACAGUAGUCCGCUCACGCGUCACAGCUUACACAAGGUGCUUGGUAGUCCGCUAGUGAAGAAGUCGCGUGGUUCCAUGCAACGCGCUUCGACAGUCAGUGGUCGCAUCCCGCAGAUCGAGUAUUCCAACUACAAAAGAGGCGGCGACAGCACCGAAUCAGACGAGAUGCCACCAACAGAGAGCGACAAGGAGAACUGGGAGCCAAACGCGUCCAAAGCGGUACGUCGCGAUCGACAAGUUGCUGCUACGCCUCCAGCUUCAAGAGGUGCUCGUCAAAUCCUCGGGGAGAACAUAGAGUUGAUGUCACAAGCAUCAAGUCUAGGUGCAAUGCUAGCCAAGGAAAGGAGGGGCACUGGGAAACUGGUCGUUGAUCCCGAGCAAGACGAUGAACUACGGCAGUUUAUGGGCGGCGACAGUGCAAGCGGGCGUUCGAGCAUCAAUUCAGCUGAAGAAGCUGGUUGUGUCGAGGGUCUGCUGAAGCUGAGCCAGGGCCAGUGGAGGUGA